AUGGAUGAACACAACAAGUAUCAACAAACAGAAGAUAAAACGCACAAGAAAGAUGCGAAGGAGCAACGACAAACCUACCACUACGACAGUCACCGUUCUAAGAAGGGCUUCUCCGUCAGGGGAAACGACGAGGGCAGCUGCAGCGAAGAACGUUCUUGUGAGGGCUAUUCUGCACUGCGAGGCGACAGCGGGGGGAGCGCCAACUCGGGAAUGUCUACACACGGACACAGCAAUUGGCACAGUAACGGGCGCCGCAAAGUGGGAAUUAAUUCAGGCACAGAACGGCCCAUACAUUCGAUCCGUGCCGAUAAACGCACCAGGAGCAGUCGGGAAGAUGCCCCCAGCCAUCGCAUAUUCCUUGUGAGGAGAUCAAGCUGUGUCAACCCCCCAAGUGAUACACGCGUAGGUGCAAAGCGAUGGCUCCUCCACGAUUCCUGCAGAAAAGAACACUCAUCAUAUGAGGCGAGGAUUCGCAGGACGUACGAGAGGCCACCUCACAUCGAGCUGUCCAUACCUCCAACGGAUCGAAAUGGGAACAGAAAAAAAAUUCAAAGGAGGUAUACCUCCCACCCCAACGUAAGUGGAACACCCCAUGAAGUUACGCCUGUUAGAAAGUUACCACGGAGUCGAUUUGCCCAUAAAGACGAUGCGAUUAAAAUAAAGAGGAGAGAAGUACCAGCCCAGUGGAGACAACACCAUUUAGGUGAAAACGCCAAGGUAAAAGGUGGCACAGUGGUUGGGCUGGCGAAAUUAUCGAACUUGUACAAAUGGAGCGACGACUACCACAUGCAUAGCAGUACGCGGCAUGCUACAUUCCACAAGGAUGGCCACCCCCCUAAGACGGGAAAGGCCACCAAACAGAAGCACAAGACAAAGAGGGUUGCUUCUAAAGAGGGAUAUACCUUCAAAGGGGAGGAGGAGGACAGGAAGGACAAGGACCGUCCCGACAUGAGCAAUACCCCCUGUGGACAUAAAUUCUAUCAGGUCAAAUUCCUAUGCCAAGCAAAGGGCUACGAUCUGAAAAAAAUAAGUCUCGUGUUCGAUGUCAAGAAGAUAAGAUACGUCUUCCACGAUAGAGACAACAUUUUGUGUGCAUUCCUAACGCCAGAAAAAAGUACGAAAUAUUUCUGCAACUUGGAGGACAUUGGUAACAUAGACAACCUUAAUUUUAUCAGAGACGUCACUCCUUCGGACGCUGAAUACAUUGUGUUUAUCUUUAUCAAUGGCUCUGUAGUCAUAUGGCACAACUUCCCGAACUGUUACAGAAAUGAUGUGUUCAUCAAUAACAUUAUCGUGUUUUUAAAUUCCUACUCCGAUGAGCUGUUGCCCGGGCAUGUGGUGCAGGAGGAUAUGAUGUAUUACCAUGAGUGGUGGGCAGAAGAAGAAAAACACCGUCCAGGUUUGUCUGCCCCUUCGGAGCGGUUCCUCUCCCCGUCCUGUGUAGACCCCCCCCUGAUCAGCGGGGGAGUUAUCCACCUGCGCAGCGGCUCCCUGGAACAGAAACUCACCGUGUCUUUCGCCCUCUCGCAGUCCAUUCGCCUCGACGUGCACGAAAUGCUGAUGGAUAUCACCAUCAACAAGCUCUUCAUCAUAUCGAAGCAGAUUGCCAGUCGGGGCACCUGCACCAUUUCCAAGCAGGAAGUGUCGAGGAUGCUUAAUGUUUACUCUAGCAUAAUUAACGUCAACGCGGUACAGGACUUCCUAGAUGUCCCAGAGUACUUCUGGAAUAAGGUGCAAUACGAGCACGCGUGGUUCGAGAUUUACGCAUACCUGGAGAUCCCCGACCGGAUCAAAAUCCUAAACAAGCGCUACAACUACUACAAGGAUUUCCUCAAGGUGAUAAAAACGGAGGGUUAUAACGACAAAACGUUCCACACCUACCGGGUCAUCGUCCUGCUGCUCUUCAUACACGUGUGCGCGCUUAUUCUUAACGAUCUCUUUUUCGCCCAGUGA